AUGGCGCCGACCUCAAGGACAGACAGGAGACGAUGGAAUCCCCAGGGCGACAUUAAAGACCAGUUCGACGACAACACCGCAAACGCCAAGGAAUCAGUAGGCGAUAUCAACUUGGAGGGAAAAUUAUGGAGAAGGGCGCUUUUGCAACUAUUGGGCCGGGAUGGAGACAAGGAUGAAGACGAGAGUGAAGACGAGAGCGAGGACGAGGAUGAGCAUGGACAUGGGGACGACCGCUCCAAUAUUGGACUUCCUCUCACCAACCCCAUUCCCCAUCCUUCUCUUCCUUCUUUUCCUCCUCCUCCUCCUCUACCACCACUACCAUCAAAUCCACUCUCUGGUCUAUUCCCUCCGCCCAAGUCAAGUCCUCCACCCAAUUCAAAUCCCCCAGGCGCAGCUCCGCCUCCCCAACAGCCUCCCCCGCCCUCAUCUUCUAUUCCCCCUCAAGUAUCUCCCACAGGAGUCACUGGAAAUUUUGGAUCUGCUUCGCCCUCCGCCAACCCUCGCAGAACAACCCUCAGUGCAGCUCUGCCAAAGAGUACGUCUGGUGGUGAUGAUAGUGACGACGAUGACGACGACGAUGACGGAAGCACUACCAGUGGUGCUCCAUCGCCCACCCGAUCUACUUUCUCUAAAUCGACUCGAUCCGUCCUCUCUCUUACAGCCGCCAUCUCGCCUUAUGAGACAUACACAACUGAAGAUGGUGUGCAAAGAUCCAGCAUACGCAGCACCGAGAGCGCAACUCGCUCCCCGACCACAUCCACCACUGCGCCAGCACAGACUCCAGAAACAGCGACGAGAGUAGAGACGGCAAUGACGGGUAUUCCAAGUCCAAAUGGAACGGCAGCUAUAGGACAGGGACAAGAGGCCGCACGCACUUCCAGGCUAAGCCCAGGCGCCGAAAAAGCCGUUAUUGCGUCUGUAACCAUUGGUGGAUUCUUUCUUCUUCUGGUCCUGGCUUUGUUCUUCUGGCGCCGAGCAUCCAAGCGUAAAUCUGCUGGACGAAACAGUACUUGGCCGACCAAUUCCAAUUCGCCCUCCCGCGAGAUCUUCGCCGGCCCUCGGCGCGUUUCCACCAAGUUGGGCGAGAAGUUUACGUCUAUGAAGGCCCAUGAGAUAUUGGAAGGCCCUCGUCGCGUCUCCAACAAAGUGGGCGAAAAUUUUACGUCUAUGAAGGCUCAUAUCCGGUCGGGCUCCUUCGGAUGGUGUAGCAUUAACGAUGACGACGACGACACUCCGAAUGAGAAAUCCGCGGCUCCGGUGGCGGCGAAUGCUGGUGGACUGCUGGAAAGGAGAUUGGGAACUAUGACGCCGCCUCAGCGUGUUACGGUGAAUUCAUAUGGGAUGAUAUUCCGCAAACCGAAGCGCGACUCGAGAUUGUCGGACAUCUUUCAGCCUAGGGGGCAGCAGAGGACGUGGCCCCCUUCUAUACCUCCCUCUCCAGAGGUGCCUCCUUCUCCGGAGGGGAUCAGGAUACCAAUUGUGCGGCCUAAUACGCAGAUGGCGGCGGCGGCACAUUUGGAGAAUGCGAGGAAGAGUGUGAACGCGGGUAUACGGAACAUGCCGCGGACACCGAGGACGCCUUUGCGCCAGAAUAUGCGCAUGAGCGACGUAUCCUCCUUAUCAUCUGGGUUUGGCGACGGGGACAUUGUAAUUAUUGAGCCCCCAAACGCUGCUACUGCUACCAAGACAGCCUACACUGACUCACAUGUUAACGUCAUUGCCGUCAGAAGUAGCCCUGAGAGGAAGCACUUUAGCGACCGAUUCAGCAACCGAAUCUCCCGCGGAGACACGGUCGGGACAAACUCGUCGUCUGAGGACGGGCGACCUCGCUUCCGGUCCAUUUCGUCGUGGGUCGGCCAGCAGUCGCGGCGGGUGAGGCGGGCCGCGGCGAAUAAGAAUGAGGAUGGGGUUCCUGAUGUGCCAGAUGUGCCGCCGGAGCAGGGGUUUGAUAUGAUGAUGCCUGAUGGGCAGGAGCCGAGGAGAGUUGAGUCUUCGAUGUGGAAGACGUAG